CCCUUCCAGUCCGGACACUUUCACCCCCCUUCCAGUCCGGACACUUUCACUCCCUUCCAGUCCGGACACUUUCCCCCCCUUCCAGUCCGGACACUUUCCCCCCCCUUCCAGUCCGGACACUUUCAUCUCCCUUCCAGUCCGGAAACUUUCCCCCCCUUCCAGUCCGGACACUUUCCCCCCCUUCCAGUCCGGACACUUUCACCCCCUUCCAGUCCGGACACUUUCCCCCCCUUCCAAGUCCAGGCCAAUUUUCAGCUUUCAGCGUUAUCAAAUUUGAAUGACAAUUGCGCGGUCAUGCAACACUGUACCCAUAUAAAUUUUUUAACAUUUUUUUGA